AUGUCUGUCAGCGCUCUGUCCAUGUACAAGAGCUGCCCACCCGGCGUCGCAUCGGUCAACGGCACAGCUUGCAAUGCCGCCACCUGCAACUCCACCUUUGUCGCUCCGGAUGCGCGCGUUCUCAAGCCCGUCUCCGAUAAGCAGUGUCCUUCGUGCGACGCUGGUUUCGGUGGCAUCAAUUGCAACGUUUGCCAGUCGGUUGGCUCUUGCCAAGCCCGCAAGUCCUCGCUUGGCCUCGGCACCUCCAACACUCUUUUUGGCAAUAACGAAACACUCGUCUGCCACAAGCAACCUUCCGCCGUCACCACGACAUACAUCGACUGUAAUGUUAAGCAGCCCACCGUCAACGGCGUGUACCCGGGCGAGAUGCGUAUGACGCUGACAAAGACGUACAAGGCCGACUCGUUCUCCGCCACGGGUCUCGCCAGCUGGCCCGAACAGAGCAACACGGCGCUCUCGCAGGUCUGGCUUGACGGUGUCGAGCAGUUCUAUUGCCAAGCAGGCGGCUGUUCCGCUCGCAAUUCGUCUGCUACCCUCAGUACGCAAGGAGAUGCUGCACUCGGGAGCAGUCUGUGGACAUGCACCACGCUCCAGUGCUUCUGCAUUCCCGGCACCACCAUGUGCGGAAAGGGACAGCUCGAUCUCUCGCCCGUCAUCAACAACCUCAACGGCACGCUCACCAUGCCUUGCGACUAUGUCGAUCCCAACAAUGCCACCGCCACGUCGCACUGCGCCUUCCGAGGAGAGCUGCUCAACAACUUUCUCGGCCAAGAAGGUCUUCCCCUCGCCGACUGCCAAUUUGGCUCGUGCGUUACGCAGGCCCAGCUCGACAACUUCUACGCGACAGGCUCAGGCGAGGGCGACAGUCAGAAGUCUGGCUCUUCGCUCAGCAACGCCGUUAUUGCCGGUCUUGUCAUUCUCGGUGUAGCCGUUGCUGCCAUCUUGGGCCUGUUGCUGUUCGGCUUCUGGCAGCAGAGAAAGGCAAGACGACUUCCCAAAGGUGCAGGUCGCGGACCUGUGGGUCUUCAAUGGGAAAACCUCAACUACUCCGUUCCAACCAAGACUAGUCUUCUCAGACGCCGCAACAAGAAGGCUGAGGAUCAGCUUACCGAGGUCCUUCCCACAUCGGGCUUCGACGACGAUGGCGUCGCACGCCUCGACUGGCCUUCUUCCGGUAGAAAUGACUUGACUGUCGUACGUAACAGCGCCGGUCGUAUUCAGCCUGGUACCAUGGUGGCGGUUCUUGGCCCCUCGGGUGCCGGCAAGACGAGCCUGGUCGAGAUUCUGGCCGGGCGACACAAGACCGGACGUGUUUCGGGAACCAUCCGUGCCCUCGAAGCUUCCCCCGAACCAGAGACGGAAGCAACGUCGUCGCGACGCGCUAUUGGGUUUGUGGAUCAGGAGGACGCGCUGCCAGCUUUCUCGACGGUCCGCGAAGCACUCCAGAUGGCAGCCGACCUGUCGCUGCCCGACAACGUCUUGCCUGCCGAGAAGCGCGACAUCGUCGACAAGGUGAUCCAACAGCUCCGACUUGAAGGGGUUGCCAACAAGCGUAUUGGGGAUGCCAGUCGUCGCGGUCUGUCCGGAGGCGAGAGGCGCCGAGUGUCGAUCGGCUGUGCUCUCGUCUCGCGCCCUCGUAUCCUGAUUGCAGAUGAGCCCCUGUCUGGACUCGAUGCCUUCUCGGCAACACGCGUCAUUUCUGCGCUGCGGGAGCUGGCCGCAGGCUCGCAAGUAGGCAGUACGACGGUGAUCGUGACGGUGCAUCAGCCGUCGUCCGAGAUCUUCUAUAGCUUUGAUCAGAUCAUGCUCAUGUCGCAGGGAGCUGUGGUAUACCACGGAUCACCCACGGACUCGCUCACAUGGUGCGAGAGACAGGGCGAGCAGUGUCCCGCCGGUCACAACGUUGCGGACCACUUGCUCAAGAUCGCCUCUUCUCCCGAUGCUUCGGUUAGAAGCAGUUCGCCUCGCGACAAGCCUUCGCGUGAUGAGAAGACGAGCAAUGUGUCGACUGAGGGCUCGGGGAGUCGAGACGCCAACGGGACUUGCGGGCAGGGCGAAGGUACAGGUCUUGCAGCAGGCCAGUCGUGGGAGAAGGCCGUGGGCGGCGCAUCAAUGGCCUCGUUCAUGACGCAGAUGGUCACAUUGAGCCGACGCAACUUUAUCUCUGCUCGACGCGACCCUGGUGGUGCGCUGGCUCACAUUGUGGGGGCGGUCGUCAUCGGCCUAAUUGUGGGUGGUUGCUUCUACCAGGUCAAGCUGACCAUCGCUGGGUUCCAGAACCGCGUCGGGUCGAUGUAUUUCCUCUUCAUCCUGCUGUCCUUUUCGGCGCUCUCGUCGGCGACAGCGCUGACCAAGGCGCGUCCGCUCAUGAUGCGCGAGCGCGCCAAUGGCCUGUACGGCUCGUUGUCGUGGCUGGUCAGCUACGUCGUCUACGAUGCGGUACUGUUGAGGGUGAUCCCAGCGCUGCUGCUCAGCAUCAUCCUGUACUGGAUGGUGGGCAUGAAGCCGCAGGCCAACUACUUUUUCGAGUUCCUGCUCAUUGCCGUACUCUUCCAUCUCAGCAUGGCGCUGUACAACAUGCUGCUCGCCGCGCUCAUCGAGGAUCUCUCCAUUUCGAUCCUGUUUGCGGGGGUGUUCAUCCUGUUCAACAUUGGCUUCGGUGGGUUCCUGCUCAACUUGAAUGACCUUUCGCCAGCAGUCAAAUGGCUGCAGUGGAUCUGCCCCAUGAAGUACGCGUUGGAGGCGGUGGCCAGUCACGAGCUCAGCGGGCUGCAGCUGAUUGAUACCGUGGGCGGUGUGAGUGUGACGGCGUCCGUGUCGGUCUUUUCGGGCAAUCUGUUUGCCUUCAAGGAUGACGCGUUUUACAGGGAUCUAUUAGUGCUGGCGCUGGCGUUUGUGCUGGGCUUCUUUGUGCUAUUGGCGGGUGCGGUGGAGUGGAGGAUGCGAGAACGGCGUUGA